CUCAACGCACUCUUCUCUCUUCACUCUCACUCUCCGCCGCGGAUGGAAGCAGCAGCCAUGGCCAACACCGUGCGGGUCGCCACUGCUCAGAUGACCUCCGUCAACGACCUCUCCGCCAACUUCGCCACCUGCUCUCGCCUGGUGAAGGAAGCGGUCACCGCCGGCGCGAAGCUACUCUGUUUCCCGGAGAAUUUCUCCUACGUCGGCUCUAAAUCCGGCGACAGCCUCACGAUCUCCGAGCCAAUUGACGGUCCGAUCAUGGAUAAUUAUCGGUCACUAGCUAGGGAUUCAAGCAUCUGGCUCUCGCUCGGCGGAUUUCAGGAAAAAGGAUCGGACGAUUCGCGUCUCCGCAACACGCACGUGAUAAUCGACGACGCCGGCAACAUCAGGAGCAAGUACAGUAAGAUGCAUCUGUUCGACGUCGAUGUGCCUGGCGGCGCGGUGUACAAGGAGAGCGGUUUUACCGAAGCCGGAGAUGAAAUCGUCGCCGUCGAUAGUCCGUUUGGAAGGUUAGGGUUAACGGUUUGCUACGAUUUGCGGUUUCCGGAGAUCUAUCAGCAGCUGAGAUUCAAUCGCGGCGCGGAGGUGCUGUUGGUGCCGGCGGCGUUCACUAAACCUACGGGGGAGGCGCAUUGGGAGAUUCUGCUCCGCGCGAGGGCGAUUGAGACGCAGUGCUAUGUGAUUGCGGCGGCGCAGGCGGGGAACCACAGCGAGGAGAGAGAGAGUUACGGUGAUAGUAUGAUUAUUGAUCCGUGGGGUAAAGUUAUUGGGCGGUUGCCGGAUCGGCUGUCGACUGGAAUUGCGGUUGCGGAUAUUGAUUUUGCGGCGAUUGAUUCGAUUAGGAAGAAGAUGCCGAUCGAUCAGCACCGGAAGCCGAGUGAGUUCUGGAGAUCGGUGGAGGCGUCUCUGUGAUGUGGAACGAACAGAUCUGCUGAUUUCGGCGUGUUCAUGUAGAGUAUCACUCACCUUUUUUUUCAUGUUGCUGUAUUUGUAUUUAUAAUUUGCUUGAAUUUAUGAUGCUCUUGAACAUGAACAUGAACAUUAUGAUAAGUUGAUACAGUAGCAUUCUUCCUGA